UUUUGUUGUUGCAAGUCACGGAGCAAACGCGCGCAGUUGUUUAAAUUUUGAAGGCCAUUGAAGACAUUACAAUACUCGAACAGUGUAAUGACGUAGCGACCACAGUACGCGAAUUUACUUCUGACUCGUUGAUAGAAUUCGAUUCUUUAAACAUUUCAGCUUUAAAGUAAAAUGGAAAGUCAAACACCUUAGUUUGAAGCUCAAGUUCGUUCAUACAUCUAAAGCCAGGUCCAAAAGGAAACCUUGUGAAAUUAAAAUUGAUGGUACUGGAUUUUUGACUUUAAAACAAGCAAUGUUAAGUCUAUUGUAGCCUGACAUUAUUAUGUUUCGACGCUCGAAUUCUAUCGACGUUGGUGAGAUAUAAAAUCUGAUACUAAGGACACUAUUCACUUGUUUUGUUUAUCGUAAAUUCGCAGCGUGUUUGUUUACGGCUGGCGUCAGAGCGGGGCGGGAGGUUGCUGGCACCGCGCCAUGGAAUCGCGGUCACACUCCAAAACAUGCAGAUUUCUCGGGAAAAAAAUAAAAAGAGUUCAUCGCGAUCCGAGUUCGCAACCGCUCCUACAUACGUGUAAACAAUUUCCAAACAAAAUAUGUUAAUUCUGCUAAAAUAAUUUGGGAGCGAAGCACUUAAUAUGUCGGGCCGGUACGGCGGUGGCCUGUGUCGGUAUUCGGUGCAUCAUUAAAAUAUACAUAAAAUAUUAUUAGGAGUAUUAAGGUCGAGCGCGGACUACGUAUUGGCGGAGCGCGAGCGUGCGCGCACUCUCCACGCCCAUUGUUAGCAGCUGGCACGCAAAUUAGUGCUAUCGUAAUAAUUGAUCAAUUAGUUCAGAUCGUUAUUCUUAACGAAUAUGGGCGAGGCGGGUGGCAGCAUGGACGCAGUGUACCCGGCAGCCGCGUCGGCGCUGGAGCGCGGGCGUCGGCGGCGCCGCGUCGGGCCCCGCCAGAGGCAUCGCACCAUGCCGGUCACUUUCGCUGAGAUUAAGGAGGUGGAUGAAGACGCACCAAGCGAGGAAGCAUGUGCAGCGAGCGCUGUAAGCGUUAACAGCGUGGCAGAAGAACGGCGACGUCGCCCCGACUUGCUCGACGAGCGGUUCGGCGCGCAGCUCGCGGAGAGCCGCCGGCGCCGCGCAAGGCGCACGCUGCUACGCGAGCCAGACGAGAUCCCGUCCACUUCGCGCGCCGCCAGCGAGCCUAGACCUGACGCGGGACCUUCCUGAGGGCAUUUAUCCAGCGUCUCUUUUCAAGUGUACCUAUUCCACAAGCGUUACUAUAUGGCUGCCGUGUAUAUAGCAUUUAUAUUUAAGCUGAUACCAAACAAAUUGAGUAAAAAGUUCAGUGGGGUGCUCGCUAACCCAGUGUUCAACGAUGAAUAGACACGAAGCUCAUUUGGCAUUUAUUUUUAAUCCAAUGAAGGUUUUCUACGAAAAAUCAUUUUAAUAUCGCUCAGUGAAGCAGCAAUGUAAAACCAACCAACGGUGCUUAUCAUUCAUCGUUAAACGCUGAGUUAGCGAAUCAGCAUGUUGAAGUACUUGAACAAAAGAUAGUUGAUUUGGAUGCGAUUGCUCCUAGUAUGUGAAAGAAAAAAUUUAAGAGAAAAUUAAUUUCAUCCAUUAUUUUGUUAUUACAUAUAACAUUUACUAAGGGAAUGUAUAAUAUUUUAAAUCGACAAAUGAUCGCCAGACGCACAUUAUUUUGUCGUAUUAAAAAAGAUGUGUACUUAUUCCUAGUUUGUAUUAAAAUUAAAUAAAAGCAUUCAUUGUAUAAGUAACUAGUACUUAAAUAGUUAGGACAGAUAUUCGUAUUAAUGUUUGUAUGCGAUGUAAGUAGUUAAAUAAAAGUGAAAUUUGUUAUAAAUUUA